AUGGACUACAUCACCGAGCCUGUGUGGUCCUCGAAGCCUUUCUCCAAGCGAAUGCCCACUCACCCUGAGAUGCUGAGGUUCAAGCGCCCACCACCACCUUGCUGCAAAUGCCUUCAUAAGGACCCAUUCCCCGACCCUUUCUGCCGCGGCAUACCUCACGACUCCGUGCCACUUCCCGAGGAAGAGGCGCAGGAGCUGUUGAGGAACUUGGAAGGCAGCUGGAAGAUAGUUCCCCCGGAGGGAUCGUCCCAUGACAUCAUGUACACGACCGUGCAUGUGCAAGAUGACCGUUACACCUUGUCCGGUGGCACUCGUCUUACAUUUGGGGGUGAGCAACCCAACCCGCCGUGCACGGAGCACUUCCAUUUUUACCGUGGGCCGGAGAAAGAGAUCUACUUGGAUUACAUCGGCACGGUGUUCACGAAGACAGAUUUCCAAAAUGGCAGGGUGGAGUUUAACAACGGUCUGAACAUCCCCGUGGUGUGGCAACGAGGGGAGAACAACUCCUCUUCACCACAACAGCAGAACAUGCCUUCAGAUAUCGUGAUGGUAACCGCUGACAAAGUCACAGCAGUGCCAGGUGUAGUUCAGGCGACUGUAGUCGUAGUUUCUUGA